AUGACCGUCAAGCCGAGCGGUGGCUUCACUCCACUGAUGGAGCUCCCCGAGGUGGCCUAUUCCUCCAGCAGUCUGCCGACGAGCCCGGGGGCGCACAACGCAAUUGUGCUCAUCGUGGGCGUCCUCAUGAUAACGUGGACGGUCCUUAUCGGCCUUCGCCUCGUGAAGACGGUGAGCAUUCUGAGGCACUUGCAGCCUGGGAUAUCCGGUAGCAGUGAGGAUUGGAACUUCUCGGAUGCAUCUAGUGAGGACUCGAACACAACAGCGGAAAGCGGGCAUCACCAUCAUCAUGCUAAGGAGACACACGUUCUGACGGUUCCUCGUAUGUCGGUCUACGCCGAUGAUUUCGAUGCCAUCACUCGGAAGCAUGUUGCUCAAAUUCUGCAAGCUUCUAGAGAGCUGAGGAAACCGCCUGUGCCAAUACCAUCCCUCAGCCUCUCCACCACGUUAACCUCAGUCGUUUACAUUGGAGGAAAGCUCACAGUGAAGACUUCGUCCCCCUGCAAGGUCCACAUUGCCACCGGUGUCAGUGCCAGCACCCUCGAUGCACUCCUCAGCCCUGCAUCUCAUGCGGGUAGCAGCGGCCCCAUGGGAGCCGCGGAACGGCGGGCUGCGAAACGGCAUUGGUGGUUGAGCAUAAUGAAGGAGGCCUUGAAACCUACCCCUUUGCCGACAGAUGAGGCUAGGCAGAUGCGCUGGUCUCGUAUCGUGCCGGAAGCUGGCGUGAUGCCCCCCAUGGUGGAGCCUCUGGCGCCGGCCUCGAGAGCCCAUAGUGAGGACGAUUGUCGCCUUGAACUUAGUGCCAGUAUUGGCGGCUUGCAGCAGCACGAUGGACUCAGCUUCUCCAAUUCGAGACCGGACUUAUUGAAUAGACUACUAGCUCUCUGCACUGCUACCAUCGACUCUGGUAGCUCGAUGGAUAUUGUUAUACCGCCGUUGGCUGGGGAGGUCUUCCCCCUCAUGCUGUUGCUCUCUGAACCCACUCACGCCGGCUGGGUGCUCGCCCUUUGUGCGAACCAGACAGUUCUGGGCGAAUUGGUCGUGACGGAUGAUGGAGCACUCAAGUGCCUUACCUUGUUCGGGCUCCGCCCUGAGGACGACAAGACGUGCAUGAUUUGCUAUGACAACGUUCGUUCAGUAGCCCUUCUGCCGUGUGGUCAUUGUUGCUUGUGUUACCGUUGUGCCCGGCAUCUCAGGGACCAGAAAUGUCCAAUGUGCCGGACCGUUUUUGAUGCCUAUGUGACCAUUCCUGUGCGCUUCCAACGAAGCAGUAGUAGUCUUUGA